UUUUUAUUUUCGUCUACGGAGUGAAUAAAAUUAAUUGGGUCAAGACACACCACUUUAUGAGAUUACUAUAGAGGUUCAAUCAAAUGGCUUAAUCAAAUAAUACGAUGCAGACAUGUGAAAUGAAUUAUUUGAUACAAAAAAUGAGUUAAAAAGAUUGGAGAAUAAGCAAUAAUUCACUAUUUAAUUAUGGCGUGUCACGUGACCUUGGACAAAAUGGCGGAUGGUUUUGAAAAUUGAUUUUGAAUAUUUUAUAUACAAGUUCUCUGCAUUGCUGGAAAAUCACGCAAGCAAUCCGAUAUUUGGGAUUGUAAAUUUAUGAACAAAUAGAUCAUUUUGAAAUUAAAUAUCACAAUGUAUGAGUCAUCAACCUUAUAAGGCAGUAAAUGUGAGCCACUAAGUCUAAGAUCAAAAUCUCAAAUAGAUCUAACUGUGAAAAAAAUAAAGAUCUAGAGCAACCAACUCCAUGUAAUCAACUUCACAACAAAGUGAAUGAUAACAACCAAAUAAGGACUAAUCACUGAAUAUCAACUUUAAACAAUUGAUAUCAUGUCUAGACCACUUUUUCCAUCUCUCCUUCCUCAUCCCUCUGACUCAGCUUGGUUCAAUGUGGACAAGCCGUGCGAUGAUGAGAAUGAACUUUCUAAACUUGAAGAGGAACAUAAUACAUGGCUUCAAAGGAUCCGAGAUAGAGGCAGUGACAUUACUCCCAUAGGGAAAACAAGUGAAGGAACAUUUGACGACGAUGAUGAUGAAGACGAAGAUGAUGAAGCAGAUGAUGAUGAGGAUAGUGAAAGUAAUGAUGAUGAACUAGAUACUGAUAUGAUUGAUGCUGCAGAUUCUCCAGAUGAUGCAGAGUUGGACACUAAUGAUCCUACAAGCGAUUCACCUUCAUGGGGACUUUAGAUACUUCAGAUCUCAAAAGCGAUUAUAUCUUCAUGGGGACUUAAGUAACUCAUGAUCCUACAAGAAAUUCCUCUCACAAUGGGAUAUUUAAAUGUAAAAUAUGUUGAUAACUUUCAAAUAAACCUGACAAAGAUUACUUUAUUUUGACGCUACUUAAUUUGGCGGAUUCGCUCAAUUUCAAAUAUUGGCAGAUAUUUAAUUUGGUGGAUUUAGGAUUGAACUCCAGUUUUAUCAUUGAUCUGAUAAGAAAGCAUUUCAGAUUCAUGUUUUC